AAUUCCUCUUCCUGCCCCGCCUGGCUGGGAAGAGAGAAUGGAUUGGGCUAGUUUCCAAAAUUGCUGGCAAGGCGCUGGUGGGGCGAAAUCGGUGCAAAGGGGUAGGAGGAGGGGGCAAAGGUUUGCCGCAGGGAGGGGGUGAGAGCAAAUCCCCCAGGCUCCCCAUUGAACUUCUGGAAAGCGGCCUGCCUCUGAUGCGUGGGUUCGGUGGCCGCGAUCCUGAGGGCAGAAGCUCAUCUCUGGAGAUCCACUGCGCCCAGCGCCCAGAUCCUUCCAGCAGAACAGAGCAGGAAGCCAGGUAGCCCCCACUGUUGGAUUCAGAGGUAGACUGCCUCUGAAAGUGGAGGUCUGUUACAGCUCUGCUGUCUACUGACAGAAUGUCACUUUCUGGAUUCCCUCCUUUUUGCCAUGGGAUGAAGGCGGCAGUGAUGCAGUCCCCGCAGACUUCAGUGAGCUUCUCGGAGGUGGCUGUUUAUUUUGCCAAAGGAGAGUGGACUCUGCUUGAUCCAGGCCAGAGAUCUCUGUACAAGGAAGUCAUGCUGGAGAAUUAUCGGAACGUGGCCUUUCUGGAAGGAAUUGCCUUGCCCAAACCUGAUCUCAUCAGCUGGCUUGAAGAUGAUCCUUUUUUCCAGGACCCGGAAGAAGCCAGUGAAGAACAGGACAACAAGAAUAACAGGGAUCUCUGUGACAUAUCUUCAGAAACAGUUGGACCUGCAGAAGAGGGUGAGGAUUUUGAAAAUGAAGAAAGAUCUGAGAGGCAAACUGGAGAUGAAGCCGAGAACUGGAUGAAUACGCCUGUUUGUCAGAGUGAAAACUUCUGUGAAACUCUGAUCCAUCAAGAGUAUCCCAUGGGGAAAGGACACUAUCAGUGCCCUUCCUGUGGGAAAAUAUUUAGUUGUAAGUCAAAGCUGGAGACACAUUCCCGAAUCCAUACAGGUGAGAAGCCAUAUGAGUGUUUGGUGUGUGGAAAGAGUUUCAGUCGGGCUGCAAACCUGACAGUGCAUCAAAGGAUUCAUACGGGGGAGAAACCGUAUAAAUGCCUGGAGUGUGGGAAAACCUUCACUCAAAGCACAGGCCUUGCUUCCCAUCAAAGAAUGCACACAGGGGAGAAGCCCUUCCAAUGCCUACAGUGUGGGAAGCGAUUCCGUCACAACACACACCUAACUUCACAUCAGAGGCUCCACACAGGGGAGAAACCGUACAAAUGCUUGGAGUGUGGAAAGAGCUUCCGUCUGAGCACAAGCCGUAGCUCACAUCAGAGAAUUCACACUGGGAAGAGACCUUAUCAGUGCCUGGAGUGUGGAAAGAGCUUCACUCUUAGCGCAUACCUGACAGAGCAUCAGAGAAUCCACACAGGGGAGAAACCUUAUCAGUGUUCAGAAUGCGGAAAGAGCUUCAGUCGCACCACAAGCUUGAUUUCACAUCAACGAAUUCACACUGGGGAGAAACCGUAUCAGUGCUUAGAGUGCGGAAAGAGCUUCCGUUUGAGCACAUGUCUCGUUAGGCAUCAAAAGAUGCACUCAGGGGAGAAACCUUAUAAAUGUUUAGAGUGUGGGAAGAGCUUCAGUCAUAGCACACGUCUGACUUCCCAUCAAAGGAUCCAUACGGGGGAGAGGCCAUAUAAAUGCUUGGAGUGUGGGAAGAGCUUCUGCCACAGUACGAGUCUUAGUGCGCAUCGAAAACUCCAUGCAAGAAAGGAGCCAUUUACCUGCUUGGAGUGUGGGAAGAGCUUCUGCCACAGCUCAACCCUUAGCGCACAUCGGAAACUCCACACAAGAACGGAGCCCUUUACAUGCCUGGUUUGUGGAAAGACCUUCCGUCACAGCACCAGCCUGAGUGCCCAUCGAAAAGUUCAUGCACAAAAAGGACCCUAUAAGUGUACAGAAUGUGGAAAGAGCUUCUUUGAGAAUACACAGCUCAGUCCACAUCUAAGAACCUACUUGGGAAAUGUGCCUUCUCAUUGCUCAGAAUGUAGAAAGGGACUUAGCCAGGUUUCUCCUUCCAGGACUAGCAAGCUGGCUGGAGUUGCAGGAGUUCAUUCCCUGGGGGAAUUGGGGCAGGAUGGAGAGGGGGCUUUAGAUCUGAGGUCAGGGGGCUUCUCCCUUGAGGAAGGGGACGUCUUGGAAUGUAAGGAGCAAGGUGAUCCUGUUCAGAUACAAGUUCACCUUGUAUAGGUAGUAGGGUAGCUUCUCUGGAUCUUUUGGUGACAAAGGGGUCACCCUCGAAGGAGUAUCCCUGGGUUGAUGAUGAGCUCCCGCAGUCUCUUCCUUCCGCCCCUUCCUCAAAGUCCAAAAUCACUAGUUCCAGUGGGAGGCAGAAGGAGAAAUGGCAUCACUCUGCUGUGUGGGAGCACUUCUGCCUAAAGGAGGACCCUCAGUUAGUGGAGUGCCUUCUGUGUGGGAAAGAGAUCAGUCGGGGAAAGACAAUAGGGCACCUGACCAAUUCCGGCAUGCUGAACCACCUCAGAACCCAUCAUGACACUGUGCUGGUUCAUGGCCAGGCAGCCAGCGCAGGAUCCUGUAGUUUGCUCUCUGCUAAAUCUAAUCAGGAUUGGUUCAGUUGUAAAAAGAGGGGGGAAACCCAGGUGGCUCUAACUGACUCUCAGCAUCCCUGCUUUUGAUCUGCAGCAAGCCAUGAUGGAGGAUUUGGGGGGUGGGGGCAUGGGGCACUUCCCAAGGAAGCCUGCAGCAGUUGGGAUGACUAACAAUAAGAUUUUGCUGGACAAUAUUUACACAGUUUAUAAGGAGUCCAAUUUAUCAGAAUAAGGUGCCAUUCAUCAUCGGGCUGGCAAGAGUGGCAUAUUGUAUAUUUCAGCAGGAGCACCCAACGUGUGCAGAAUAUACCUUCGUGUUCCUGCCUGCUCAGCAGCAACAGCUGGAGGAUGCAGUAUGAAGCAGUGUGCAUUGAUCAGGACGUAGCAGGGUACAGGCAGGCAUCGCACUGCCCAGGUUCUGAAUGACCAUUUGCAUUUCAUCCUUCUGGCCAGCCCCUGGGGAUGGGCUGUGGCUCAGUGAAAGAACCUCUGCUUUGCCUGCAGAACGUUCCAGACUUUGCCCCCAACAUCUUCAGCUAAAAAGGACCAAGUGGUGGGUGAUGUGAAAGACACCCAGAGAUGCUGAAGAGCCACUGCCACUUUGAGUACACAGGUCUGACCAUGAUGAACCACAGGUCUGAUGUAGUGAAAGGCAGAUUAAUAUCUGUGUGUUUGACAGUAGUGGGAAGAGAAUGCAGUUUAUGGAAACAGGAUUGUCUGUCCCCAGGGGCUGUAUGGUGGCAAGUGAUGGGAACAUGAUUGUGAAGGUUAAGAAGUUUAUGGGCAUUGCCACAUAAACUUCGGUUCUGUUCUCCUUGUGAGAUGACCUGGGGGAGAGGGUAGCUGCCUUGUGAGAUGGAUUAAGUGUUACACACUGUGGUGGUUUGCAUUCUUGGGCAGACCAAGAGCGCAAUCCUAAGCAUAUCUACACAAAAUCCUUUCCAGGUCUAUUCAAAGAGCCUUACCCCCAGGAAAAUGUUCUUAGGAUUGCACUAAAAAUGCCGGCUUCUGCCUGGUCUGCAAUGUUGCCUGACUUCUGGAGGUUCCACAUAUCUGCUUCUGUCAAGUCUGGCGUGCACAAAUCCUCAUAGGGGCAAAAAUACACCAUCCCAUAUUAUAUUAAUGGCUUUUUGAGUGUAACAGCAUCCGUUUUGAUAACUUCAGAGGUUUAGCCAUGUUGGGUAUAGUAGAACAGCAAGAUUUGAAUCCAGUAGUACAUCUUAGAGACUAACAAGAUUUUUUGGGUAUGAGCUUUCCUGAGUCAAAGCUGCUUUCACCAAACUCUUGAAAAUCUUGUUGGUCUCUUAAAUCUAUCAUUCACUUUCUUUUUAAAAGACAUGUGCACAGGAACUUUUGAGAGAGCCAGUGUGGUGUAAUGAUAAGAGCGGUGGAUUCUUAUC